UCAGAUCAGGGCCUGGGUUGGGGUGAAUGUUACCUCAUAGAAAAAGAAGGAGAAUCAUCCAGACCUUCUUCGCUGGGCCAAUACAGACAGUUAUCUGUACCAAUCAACACAUUUUCCACACUAGAAGGCGUGAGGAGCCUCCACCCCUUUCCCUUACGCUGACUCAUGUUUAUGGAACUAGGGCGUUCCAAUCAAUAAAAGGUGAGGACGAAGCAGAGACGAGCAUGUUUGGAGGAUUGUGACUGCACAUUCUCUCACCUCUCUCCUUGCAAGUAUCUUUUAACCUGAACUGAGGUCUCUGUCACUUGGUAAUAUCCAGCAGACUUAGCCAAGUUGUUGAGGGUGUCAAUUUGGACGUGACAAGAGGCCACGGCGAGGUGCUGGUUCCACCCCCAGGUGCAGGUUCCACCCCCAGGUGCUGGUUCCACCCCCAGGUGCUGGUUCCACCCCCAGGUGCAGGUUCCACCCCCAGGUGCUGGUUCCACCCCCAGGUGCAGGUUCCACCCCCAGGUGCAGGUUCCACCCCCAGGUGCUGGUUCCAGCAGAAAACCAGGAGGUUCAGUCAGCAGGAGACGACGGGAUGGGCGGUUCUGGAUCCAACAUGUCCGGGGGAAACGCUCAGGGGCUCAUGGGAGACGAGAGGAGGAUUGUUCUGGUAGGGAAGACCGGCGUGGGGAAGAGCGCAGCAGGAAACACCAUCCUGGGGUGGAAACCCUUCAAGUCGAAGUUUUCUUCGUCCUCCCUGACGACCGAUUGUGACAAGGCCAGAGGGUGGGUGGACGGCCGGCCGGUGGCCGUCAUCGAUACUCCGGGGCUGUUCGACACAAACCUCACCCAGGAGGAAGUGCAGAGCUGGAUGAAGAUGUGCAUUUCCCUGUCGUCUCCGGGUCCUCACGUCUUCCUGGUGGUCCUGCAGCCAGGCCGGUUCACCCAGGAGGAGAAAGAAACCGUCAAGAUGAUCCAGACCACGUUUGGUGAGGACGCAGCCAGAUACACGAUGGUGCUGUUCACACAUGGAGACCUGCUGAAGGACCAAACCAUCGAAGGCUUCAUCUCCGAGAAUCCCGACCUGAAGGCCUUCGUUCAGAGUUGCUCCAACAGAUACCACGUCUUCAACAACGAGGUUAAAGACCUCACGCAAACCAGCGAACUGCUGGACAAAAUCGACAGGAUGACGACGGUCAACGGUGGAAUGUUCUACACCAAUGACAUGUUCAAGAGGGCAGAGGCCGCCAUCAAGGAGGAGAAGGAGCGACUCCUGAAGGAGAUGGAGGAGGAGAGGCAGAGGGAGCUGGAGAAGCUCAAGGGGAAAUACGAGAAGGAAAUCUACCGCGAGGUGGAGACCGAGGUGAAACGGAAGCACGAGGAACAAGCCCGGACUCGCCCGGAGACGUCCAACAAAUUAUUAGCUGUGUCGACUAUCUCUCUGGCCACGGGCUGCGCCGCCACCGGAGCUGCCCUGGGCUCCUUAGGAGGUCCGAUUGGUAUCGCAGUCGGGGGCACGAUCGGCGCCGCCACCGGAGCUACCCUGGGCUCCUUAGGAGGUCAGAUUGGUAUCACCAGAGCUGCCGCCAGGGUCUCCAAAGACUUAAUUCCGUCGUGA